UUAGAGUUCAAGAAGAGAGAGAAAGAGAAGAGAGAGAAAGAGGGCCAACCGGCGUGGAGUGGUGGCCGUAGCAGCAGUAGUGGUUGACAAUUCGCUCUCGCUCAAACAAACACCCAUUUCCUUCAUUUUCACGUUUCUCCUCUUCCCAAACCUCCAAUUCUCCUCUUCUUCUGCUGAAUUUUGGACCUUUCUCCACUUCAAUUCCCCUCCUGCAAUUCAAUUCAUCAGCCACACAUCUGAAUUUUGACUGAGAAUGGAUCCCCCCGCCUCUUGGGACUCCUUGCGCAAACAGGCGAGGAAACUUGAAACUCAGCUGGAUGAACAGAUGCACUUGUAUCGCAAGUUAGUCUCUACGAAAGUUGAAUCAUGUAACGAUAAUGAUUUGGAGUCUGGAAUCGAUCAUCUGCUGAAACAGCUUCAGCAAGUUAAUGUCCAAAUGCAGGCGUGGGUGUCAUCUGGUGGAUCAGAGAUCUUUUCUCAUACAUUGACCCGACAUCAGGAAAUCCUUCAGGAUCUUACUCAGGAGUUCAAGCGACUUCAUUCCAGUCAUAGAGCUAAAAAGGAGCAUGCAUCACUUCUUGAGGAUUUUAGGGAGUUUGACCGUUCAAGAUUAGACCUUGAAGAAGGUGGUGGUUCUUAUGAUCAAGCUCUUCUCAAAGAACGUGCUUCUCUCCAUAGAAAUUCCAGCCAGGUGGACUCUGUGAUAUCUCAAGCUCAAGAAACAUUGAAGUCCCUAGUCUUCCAGCGCUCCACAUUUGGGGGCAUUAAUUCGAAGCUUAGUAAUGUGGGAAGCCGUCUUCCAACGGUGAAUAACAUUCUCUCAUCAAUAAAGAAGAAAAAGUCCAUGGACACCAUCAUACUCUCCUUAGUUGCAUCUGUGUGCACGUUUUUAAUUUUAAUUUACUGGUGGACCAAGUAAGUGGGAGUUUUGAAUCGACUCGGAGCGGUUUUUGGUUGAUCUGGAGCUGAGAGUAUUGUCUGUACAUAUCUUGUUGGCAUCCUCUGGAUCUAUUGUUUGGUCACACACAUGUGAGAUUGAAAUUGUAAUGGUGUCCCCAUCUUGAUUAUAUUUGUUACCCUGUUAAAAACUUGGUUCAUCUAAAGAUUAUACACUUCAAGAAAAA